UUGAAUCUAUAGCUGUGAAAAAAAUAAUUCAUUUGUGCAAAACAUAAUUAAAAUAGAAUUAUUUUAUAAUUUGUCAAAUAUGUUAGCGUUUUAUAAAUUGUAAAAUUAAAUGUCUGUUGUAGCUGCCAUCCCUUUCAUUUGUAGAUUUUUUUUCAAUUGUGGUCACCCUGUUCCUAGUAAUGAAUUGGCUACUAUUUAACCACGGUUAGUUUAGAACUUCGUUGUUGAUGAAAUGUUUGAUACGGCUUCGUAUUUAAAUUUCGAAAAUUGAGUUCAAAAGGAGUACGAAUUUUUACAUAAUAUAUUAUGUAAAUAUGAUGUUUAUAAUAUAAAACUUUGUAUUUGAUAUUAAAGUAUACAGUGUACAUUAAAUAAAAAGCUAUGGUGAAUAUUAACAUGAAUACUGUGUUUUAUAAAUUAUUGAAAUCUCGACAAAUCAUCACUUAUUUGCAUCAAAAGCAUAAUUUAUUACAACACAUAUUGUACAGGUGUUACAUACCAAAAUUUAAACAAGAUUCACUGCAUUUUUGUUCUAACGAAAAACAUUCGUUAGAACCUGUAAUAAAAGAGACUUGCAAUGUAGGCACAAUAGGGCAUGUAGAUCACGGUAAAACAACUUUAACAGCUGCUAUAACAAAAUAUUUGUCAGAAAUUAAUAAAACUUGUAAAUAUGUAUCAUACAAUGAGAUUGAUAAAGCGCCCGAGGAAAAACGAAGAGGCAUUACUAUAAAUAUAGCUCAUGUUGGAUAUGCUACUAACAAGAGAGAAUAUGCCCAUACAGAUUGUCCAGGUCAUGCUGAUUUUAUUAAAAAUAUGAUUAGUGGAGCGUCGCAAAUGGAUGGUGCAAUUUUAGUAGUUGCUGCCGAUGAUGGCCCUAUGCCACAAACCAAGGAACAUUUAUUAUUAAUUAGUCAACUUGAAAUUAAACAUCUUAUUGUAUACAUAAAUAAGGUAGAUAUAGUAGACAAAGACAUCAUUGAACUUGCAGAAAUGGAAACUAGAGAAUUGUUGGAUAAAUAUGGAUUUAACGGGAUUAAUACUCCAUUUGUCUGUGGUUCAGCUUUGCUUGCUUUGAACGGAGAUAAAUCAGAAAUUGGAGUUCCUUCUGUGCAGUUGCUGUUGAAUGCUUUAGAUAAUCAUAUUCCAACCACAUCGAGAGAUUAUGCAGCUCCUUUUGUGCUACCAAUCGACGAUGUGUUUUCUGUACCAGGUAGAGGUACAGUUGUGGUAGGGACAUUAACACAGGGCUCAAUUGCAAAAAGUGCAGAAGCACAUAUGGUGGGCUUCGAUGUAAAACUUGACACUCAUAUCUCAGACAUUCAGGUUUUUAAGAAGAGUGUGCCAAAAGCAUAUGCUGGUCAAAAUAUUGGUGUUUUAUUGAGAGGUAUUAAGUUAGGUUCUGUACGUAGAGGAAUGGUAGUAUGCCAAAAGAAUAGUGUAACUCCUACUAAUCACUUUGAAGCGCAAUUCUAUUUAUUAGAUAAAAGUGAAGGUGGACGUCAAAAACCAAUAGCGGUAAAUGGAUUUUCUACACUAAUAUUCUGUUCAACAUGGAACGUGUAUUGUCGUUUUGAUUUCUUACUACCACCAGGAGUUGAUAUGUUAAUGCCAGGAGAAUUUGCAACCGCCAAGUUAACACUUCUUUAUCGCAUGCCAAUAGCAGAAGGCAAAGUCUUUACUGUCCGAGAACAUAAUCUAAUAAUCGGCACAGGAAAAAUUACAAAAGUGCAUAAGCCAAUAACUUUUGAGAAAGACAAACUACAUAUGAUCAAAGUUUGAAUAUAUAAUUUUUACAUUUUAAUAGACAAUUGAAAUUUUUCAUUUGCAUUAUACUCAGCUCUUUUCCUUCAAGACUUUCGUCUUGAAUUGAGCAUUUGAGGAUGCAUUAUGACAAGGAAAAUAAAGCAACAGAAAGUUGAAAAAAUUCUAGAACUUUAUUACUCGUUUCUUUCGAUACACUUCUCCCGCUUCUGCUAUAAAUGAAAUUUUCUUUGGGAAAAGCAACCAUUCGUAAUAACCAAUUAUGAUAUUUUAUAACGAUCAACAUGUAAUGAGAGUAAACAUUCAUGUAGGACUAUCGUAUUUAGCGUUCGGAUGUGGAAUUCUUUCUUUGUAAUAAUAUUUAUAAUGUGCAAGUGUUAUACAUUAAAAACUAUUACAAUAAUGAAUAUCAUUUGCACAUGACUCUUGCACAGCAGAGAAAUAUUAUUUAUUUAUACUGACAAGUUACUCCGAAAAAGAUGCAAGGAAGUCAGUAACGACCUUUUUCAAUUUCGCAUCAGAGGCUUCGCUAAUAGUAUUUUCCUUAGCGAUUGUAUUUAAGAGGUCUCGUUGGCUGGCCCUGAAACAUUCGAAUGUUCAAUUAACAUCAUAUGUAAAUUCAUUCCUAAUGUAAAGGUAAAUUCAACAAUUGCUUCGAGAAGGUUACCUGAUGUGGGCAAGGAAUUCUUUUUCAAAGGCAGUGAUUUUUGUAGGUUCCAUCUUGUCAAGGUAUCCACGGACACCACAGUAAAUAACAGCUACUUGUUCUUCGAUAGCCAUAGGUACUGAGAAAAACAUUACAGUCAGUUAUGUAUACAUGUUAUCCUGUGUUUUAUUAAUAUUUUUCUUAAUUUCAUUAUGCAUAUGAAAUCUUUUACCGUAUUGUCCUUGUUUCAAAAGUUCUGUUAAUCUAACACCUCUGUUCAAAAGUUGUUGGGUUGCGGCAUCCAAGUCAGACCCGAAUUGUGCGAAAGCUGCUACUUCACGGUAUUGAGCCAACUCCAAUUUCAUGGAACCAGCAACCUAUAAAACAAAAUAUAAUUAACAAAAAAAACACACAGUAUUUUCGAAUACUUGGGAAUGUAUAAAUUAGACAGUUACCUGUUUCAUGGCUUUCGUCUGAGCGGCAGAUCCGACCCGCGAUACGGACAAACCUACGUUAAUGGCUGGGCGAAUACCUUUGUAGAACAAUUCAGUUUCCAAGAAAAUCUGACCAUCAGUGAUGGAGAUGACAUUCGUAGGGAUAUAAGCGGACACAUCACCGGCCUGAGUCUCGAUAACUGGUAGAGCAGUCAACGAACCACCUCCCAGACUCUCGUUCAUUUUAGCUGCUCUUUCGAGAAGACGGGAAUGAAGGUAAAAUACAUCACCAGGGUAGGCCUCACGACCUGGUGGUCGUCUCAACAGCAGAGACAUUUGUCGAUAUGCAACGGCUUGUUUCGACAAAUCGUCGUAUAUGAUCAAAGCGUGCUUCCCAUUAUCU